GACGCGUCCCUUCAGUCUCUCUCAGAAGCGUGUUCACAGCAUCUGCUGGUGUGCGCGCGCGCUGCGCACUUGGCAGCGACGCUCAGAGGAGUGAGGUGCGUGGAACCGAGAGCUAAAAUUGGUUUCGUGGUGAGGAAAAGUGAAGGAACAGGGCGUUACGAUCUGUAUUGUCUUCUUUGAAAAAAAAAAAAAACACAGGGAUCAUCAUUCCUUAUAUCACUGAAUACAACUGACUUGAGGGAUACGAAUCGGAACACUUUUUGCGUCAUGAAACUCAAUAAUUUGACUUUUUCUCAAGGAGACAUGGUCGAUUGAACAUUAAUACAACAUCCAGCCAAAAACAAAACAAACAAACAAGAAGAAAAAAAAAACGUAACAUUUUAACAACAUUGCACAUUUUUCUCCAAUAGGUAUGGAUUCGUCCAUCACUUCCAUUGACUUCCAAAGUAACUGGACAAACACCACGGCGCAGAAUGAAACCGAGAUAUACUGGAACCAGUUUGUGCAACCGGUUUGGAGAAUAGUGCUCUGGGCAGUGGCUUACAGCACAAUUGUCAUCGUCUCCGUUGUGGGCAAUAUCACGGUGAUAUGGAUCAUUUUGGCGCACAAACGCAUGAGGACCGUGACGAAUUAUUUCCUCGUCAACUUGGCUUUCGCUGAAGCGUCAAUGUCCGCAUUCAACACCGUUAUAAACUUUGUCUACUCGGUGCACAAUGAGUGGUAUUUCGGACUCUAUUACUGCCGGUUCCACAACUUCUUCCCCAUAGCCGCCGUCUUCGCUUCUAUAUACUCAAUGACCGCGAUUGCGCUCGACAGAUAUAUGGCCAUCAUUCAUCCCCUGCAGCAGAGGAUGUCUGCAACUCAGACGAAGCUGGUCAUCGGGGUAAUCUGGGUUCUGGCUCUCCUGCUGGCCUUCCCCCAAUACUAUUAUUCCGACACAGACCAGUUGCCUGGCAGGGUGGUCUGCUACAUCGACUGGCCUGAGUACACUGUCCUGGACUUCAAAACCAUGUAUUUUGUGUGUGUAGCAGUGCUGAUUUACUUCCUCCCUCUGCUGGUGAUGGGCUGUGCUUACCUGGUGGUGGGACUGACUCUGUGGGCCAGUGAGAUCCCAGGAGAUUCAUCAGACCGUUACCAAGAGCAGCUGACCGCCAAACGCAAGGUGGUGAAGAUGAUGAUUGUGGUGGUAUGUACAUUCGCUGUUUGCUGGCUCCCCUAUCACGUCUAUUUCCUGAUUUACCAGUUCUACCCGCACCUGUUCGAGCAUCCCUUCAUUCAGCAGGUCUAUCUGACUAUCAUGUGGCUGGCAAUGAGCUCCACUAUGUACAACCCCAUUAUCUACUGCUGCCUCAAUGACAGGUUCCGUGCCGGAUUUAAGCAAGCAUUCCACUGGUGUCCGUGCAUCCCUGAGGGAUCCUACGAGGGGCUAGAGCUCAAGUCCACCCGGUACCAUCGAACCCAAACUAGUUUAUACAGGGCCAGUCGAAUGGAGACCGCCGUGUCCUGCGUGAUGCAGGAUGGCCAAAAGGUCAUGUUUGGGAGCAUCAGGGGGUCCGCAGGGAGACCGGCAGUUCACAGCCCCUCCAGGGAGUUUCCCUCCAAUGGCUCGUCCUCUCGCAGCAUCUCCAAAACCAUGUCAGAGACCACCAGCUUUUACUCCAGUAAUAACCUAUAAGAAUGAGAGUGCAGAAGCUCGAUUCAAGGAGACCGAAUGCCACUACCUCUGCGGAGAUGUAAUCGUUUGAAGAAUCCUCAUCUCCCCCUCCCAAGUGUGUAAAACCUGAGGAAUACCUUGAAUGUGUGCAGAUGUGUUUUUAGUUGGUUGAGUACACACACGCUAAGUGUUAUUAAUUUCAAACGAUCCUUCAUCUUUCACGCAUGCCUCGUUCUAUUCAUGAGGUUUAUAAUUAUGAUUAGAGGAACAUUUACAUUGAUUCUUCGGGAACGGUUUCCUUACCGUAGUGAUGUAAAUGACAUAUUGCAUUGUGCUGACUUAAAUGAGAGCCUGAUUGAUUUAUCCUGCAAUCAAAAAUUGACAUUUUAAAUGUUUAUAUUAAUGGACGUGAUGCAGUGGAAAAGUCUGUCAGUAUACUGUAAAUACUGAAUAUGACCGCUUAUACUGGUCUCUCAUUUGGCUUACAACAACCCGACUAUAAUAGGAAUAGGAAUAAGUUAAGAAAUAUCAAUAAAUGUGCCCCUCUUAAUCCGUGGAGUCUCUAACAAUGGCUCACUUGGGUCAAAUGAUACCUGAGCACAUGGGAUUCCUUCAGUGCUUUAUCUGCAGGUGGGAGAUUACUGCAGACUUCGCAGCAGAUUUUUUUCUGUAAGCAUAAACUGCCUUUAAAAUCUCUAAAUUGGCUGAGACUGAACAAAAACACAGAGGGCAGAGAUUACGGCAUCUUCACGGUCAGUUAGAGCCACGAUCCGGGCGGUGAAAUUCAGUUGCCAAUAUCAACACCUUGUAGCUACACAGGCAAACAUAAAGAACGUUAUUAAAUGACUUUUCAAGGUGUGCCUGGAAACACAAAUGCAUGGUGUUGAAAGCUUUGAAUGCCUGUCCUGAUUUUGUGUGCUCUGAAGAAUAGUUGUGAGGGGAAAAUGUGAUGUGCGGAGAAUUUUUGUAGGUUUCCUUCGACUUCUUUUUUUUUCGCCCUGUCUACUUACCUUCAUUUUCUUUGUAUUAGGUUUUUUUUUCAUAAUUGACCCUUCACUAAGCCCUGCCCUACAGGUACCAGUAGUAGUUUUGGUGGCCCAUUUCGAGCCUAUGUCUCUAAGAUGGACACAACCGUUUCUGAGAAUGGUCAGUAGGCGGGGCUUAGUCAAGUGCCAAUUCUGUAGUUAUUCUGUUGUACAAUCAUUCACUCGUGCACACCCCUCGUACUGGACAAGGCCAGAGUAAAAUUAGCUCUUCAGGCACCUCCCUUUAUACAGUCACAGCAAUAUGAUACUGAGGUACAGUGGAUUAUGGGACAAAAGGGGAGGAUGAGAGAUGUUGGGCUGAAGUGACCACCUGCUGCUGUUCUUGACUGAGGUUGUGACAGUUGUGUCCAUUUUCCAAAACAAAUGCCCAUGCGACUGGCAUGUUUGUGAGCUGAGCUUUCAUUUUUUCAAGCAGCAGGCUUGUUAAGAUGCAGUAUGUUCAGAAUAUGUUGGACGGUAAAUGACUGUGAACUAAAAGUGUCUCACUGUUUGGCAGGUGCAGACAGCUCAUUCCGGGAAUAAAUGAACCACACUG